UUUUCCGCUGUUUGAGAAACUCGUCGUCUGCUCGCGGGUGCCCCAGCAGACGUCGACUACGCCUUUGUUGUUUGGAAGCCAGGAAUUUUUUGCUUUUCGCCGAGUGAUUUCUGUGAUUCCGGUGGUGAUCGCGGGUGAUCUGGGUGACGACGAAACGUGAUCGUUCUUCGCGGUGGGUUCCGUGUAAUGCUGGACGGCAGUGGUGGCAGCGGCGACGGCGGUGGCGGCGACGGCGAGUGACCUUGGUUCCCCGUCGCGAGGACGGUUGAUUCGGGUUCGUCGACAGCUGUAAGCCUGUGUACGUGUGCGCGGCGCGGCUGAUAACGCGGUCGCUUGGGCUCGCACUUCUGCGAUCGCCGGUUCGCCUGGUCGCAGUGUCCGUGGCUCGGAUAAAAAAGAAAAAAAGGGCACCCAGUGUGAAUCGUAUGCGCAUAGAGCUUUGCAUCGCCCGUUCCGAGAGAGAGAGAAAAAAAAAAGGAGAACUUACUGGAUUUCGCUGCGCAGCGGCUGUGAACUUGUGUCGUCAUCGAAGUCCGGUCGAUGAUUGUUCGACAGUUGUGAGCCCGGCCUUUUUGUGUGGUUUUUUUUUUCCUCGAUACCUCGUUUGUGGCGUCGUGGAAGAUUUUCUUCGGAAGCUGCGUCUCGGCGCGGUCAAUUCGCGGAAGAACCUACGCUUUCAACAAGACGUCGCCGGGCGGUGGCGGCUGCUACGCCUAGCUUUGCUUUUUUGGGUGGUCAACGGGUGUUGAGAAAAGGCCGACGACUCCGUUUGUGUGUGUUUUGAGGUGUUUGUGGUAAACCGUGUCUCCUACCCGUGCAUCUCCGUGUUGUGUUAUGAGCGCGAUGCUUCUACGACGAGUGGUGUGUGAUAGCGUCCUGCUUGGCGUCGUCGCGUCGUGAUGCGAUGAGCGCCAUGGCCUGUGGACCUUCGUCCUGGGGAUAUCCUAACUUCGAUCCACUGUGGAACGCCGGUGCAAGCAGCGUGGAGCGCGAUGCGCUGCGUGAGCGUGAACGGCAGGCAAGGGCCCAGCGGGCGGGUCUGGGAGCGGGAGAAACCGGCGGGCACCCCAUCUUUAGAGCCCCCAUCAAGGUGGACCCGGGCCAGGAAGAUGAGAUCUCCCGCCGCAUCAAGAGCACCCUGGGCGACUUCAGCCAGGUGCAGCGGCUGCUGACCCACGACCCCAACCACCUGAUUGGCAUCUCCCGCACCAAUGCCGCCCUCUCCUCCUCGAGGGGUGGCUCGUCCUCGGUGCCCCCCUCCUCUGCGGGACCCGUGACAUCUGCGCCGCCUGGCCCCGCCCCCACCAAUGGCGUUGGCAGCAACGCCUCCACGUGGAACGGCACAGCCACGGACCCGGGCGGAACGCGCGUGGGCUCCUCCUCGAAGCACCACGGUGGCGGCGGCCAGCACCAGCCUCCCCCGUCGUCCCACCACACCGGUGGUCACCGUUCUCACCAUAGCUCCAGCCACCACCACCAUUCGCACCACCAUCACCACAAAAAGCAGCAGCAGCCACAAUCGCAGCAGCCACAUCAGCCACCGCCACCACCACCACCACAACAGCAGCAGCAGCAACAUCAGCAGCCACCGCCACUGAGCAAUGGGCAGUACAAGUCGUCGUCAUCAUCUGCGUCGCAGUCCGCGGCCACCAAGGGGUCGAGGCACCCGCACGCCCCGCAGCUGCCGCCUGGGUCACACCAUCCGAGGUCGAGUCAGGGAUCCUCGGAGCAAGGCCGCCCCGACCGGACUGAGGACAAUCCGUCGGAGCGUCCUAAGCCCGCCGCCCCACCCCCCAACGGCCUGGUGGUCCGGCCCCCAGCCAUGCGGGUGCCGUCCAAGGACGUCAACAACGGCGCCAGCUCGGCGUCGCACUCGUCCUCCAACACCUCGUCGUCGCUGACCGUGCGAACGGAGAGCAACGGGCCCGUGAACAGCGGCGGGAAAGCCGUGGCUCCGGCUUCACGUCCGACGGCUGCAUCUUCGGCUGUGGUCGAAGCCAAGGCGAAGCGCCCGCCGCCCCCGCGGCUACAGCUCCCGUCGCACGCGACGGAUGCCGCGCCUUGCGCUGCUCAUCCAGAGUUGGAAAGCAUUCUCAAGGAGAUGAAGAAGGUUCCUCCGGCCCUAACAGCCAUCGAGACACCUCGGAAGGAAGACUGCAGGCCUUACUUCCCGCCUUCGCCUGUGCAGGAGCCUCUUCUGAAUCAUCUGGACGAAAAUGGGGACUCUAAAGGCCUGCUAGAUUCCCGGAAGGCAGCCAGCCCUCCGGGCAGCAGUCUUCAGGAUGACUUGGAGAUGAGCGACAGCGAUGAUGAGCAGGAGCCACCCUUGCGGAAAUCAUCGUCGUCACUUGGCUUUUCCAGUUCCAAAAUCACGCCUCCCAAUGAGAAGGUUCUUCAGCCCCCGCCGCUGGUCGGGAAGAUGUCUUCGUCGGAGUCCAGUUCGAGUGACUCGGAGGACUCUUCUUCGGCCUCGGGUUCGGAGAGCGAGUCUGAGAGUUCGGAGAGCGAAGCUUCCGCUCCGGAGACAAGUCGCGAGCCGAGCACGCAGAGCUGGAAGCUGGCGAACUUCAUCGACAAGCGCAGCUCUCCGGCCGCCCUGGGGGCGGUGCUACCAGCCGGCGGCGGCUGCUCCGGCCAGUCGAGGGGCCCCACCGACCCCUGCGAUUCGCUCGUGGACGAGGACUCUUUCACCCCAAUCCUGUCGCAGUUCCCCAACCAAGAUCCCGACCUCGGCCUCAUGCUCAAGAGCCCGAGCCCGCAGGGUCUGGACCUAGUCCGCUCGCCGGUGGGCAAGGCAGCUUCCUUCCUCUCUCCCGUUCGAUCCAGUCCAUCGCAAAGUCCAGCGCCGGAACGGCACGAGCCACCAGCGCCCGUGACCAAGUCAUCCGUGGCACCGGCUUCCGACGACGACGAAGGGCCCUGCCAGCUCCAGAAUGGCCGAAUCACCAUGCGGCUGGGCAAGCCGCAGGGCAAGACGGACCUGGAGACGCCUCUGCCGAAGCCAGAUGUGCAGCUGGACCCGACGGUCAAGCGCGCCUCCUGGCCCUCGAAGGGCUCGAAGAAGGAGACUGCCCAGCUCCCACUCCCGACGCCGGCGACACCAACCAAGCAGCGGAGCAAGCCCGAUCCGGUGGCCAAGCCAGAGCCAGCGAGGGAGCCGGCCCAGCCCGCUUCCAAUCCUUCGAAGCGGACCCACUCGGACCGCUACAACGAGAAGCGUUCCAAGCUACACAAGCCGCGUGUCGUGCUCUCGGACUCGUCGAGUGACGACGAGGGUCCCAGCCUGGCUGCCGCCGCCAAGGAGCGCCUGUCGUCAGCUGCUCCUACGGCGGACAAAGACCGCGGCGGCAGCAAGGGCGCCGUUCUGCCGCAGCGGGGACGCCCCAAGUCUUCGUCGUCCUCACGGAGCGCCGGCUCAAAAGGGCACAAGGGGGCGCCCCCCGCAGCCACCCCCGGCGUUCCGCGGACUCCCCCCGAACCCCCCGUGCUGCUCUCGCCCAUCGGGCAGCGGUGCGACAGCAGCUCCACCGACGUGAAGGAGAGUGUGAGCGCGGCCGCGACAAACGGUGUGGUUGUGGUGAACAUCCCGCUCAGCCGGCUACUCCGGCCACCGGGUAGGCUUGUGGUCCCGGGGCGGCGGCCCCCGUCACCGCCGCCUUCGCCCUCCAAGUCCAGGGAACACUCGCGGGACGCGGAACCAGGUACGGUCGUCGCCACGGCCAUCAAGUCGGAGGCGGUGAGGGUAAAGCAGGAGCCACCCGUUGCGGCGGCGCCCGCGUCCAAGGGCAAGAGUACGUCCAAGAGAAAGAGCACGGGGGAGGCGGCAGGUGGCCGCGAGCGCGAGAAGAAACGGCGGCUGUCUGCCGGCUCGUCGGGUUCCGUCAAAGUCAAGCGGGAGCCCUCCGACGUCCGUCCCGAGGAGGAGGCCGAGAGUCGCCACGCCUGGGGUCCGACGGAGCCGCACCGUUCGUGCGGAAGUCCGUCGAGCCUGAGCUCCUACUCGAGCCAGCGGAGCGGAUCCCGUCAGCACCGCUCCAAGCCGUCCUCGAGCAAGACGAACCGUUCCGACAAGUCGGCCGUGCGCCGGGACGCGGCUUCGGCUGCGGCUGCGGUUCCGGCCGACGCGGUCAACGGCGGCAAGAAGAACCACCAUCACCACCACCGGGAAAAGAAGGAAACGUCUCGGAGCAGCAAGGACGGGGCCCCAGCGCGCGGAGGCAUCGCCGAGGAGCGCGGCUCGGAUCCGACGGGUGCGGCGGUUGCGGUCGUCGGCGCGGAUCCUCUCUGUUCUAGUCAGGUGCACUCUUGGGUCCUUUCGAGCUCUGAGCAGGGUGAUGCUCGCAGCCGGGACGCAUCCGGGGCCAAGGCGGCCUCUCUGGGUGCCCCUCCUGGGGCAGCCAAGGCUAAAGAGAACCCGCACCUGCUCUCUCAUAACUCCCACCGGGAGUGGGAGUCCAAGAACGGGUCCUCGGACUAUUUCCUGUGCGAGGCGAAGAAGCUGAAGCACCAGGCGGACCGGGAGAGCGACCGCACGGUGCAGGCGAUGAAGUACCUGGAGGCGGUGCUCUACUUCAUCCUCACGGGCUCCUCCAUGGAGCACAGUCACCACGAGGACAACGCCUACCUGAUGUACAAGGAGACCCUGGCCCUCAUCAGGUGGGGGCACAUCUCAUCCAAGUUUCAGAAGGUGCAAGGGAAUGACGUCAUAGCGAGCAUAGACAACAAGUUGGCGGUGCUGAGCCUGAGGUGCCUGUCUCUACUCUACGAGAAGCUAUACAAACUACGUAAAAAUGAAGUCCGGGAUAACCUGCGCCUCCUCCACGAACUUCAGAAGACGCAGGGCUCGGUGGGGAAGCUGUCCUCGCCGACUCCGGCAGCGGGCGGUGCUGCGUCGCGCCUCCAGCCGUCGCCAUGCCAGCCGUGUCAGCCAUCCCCGCACAGUCCCACGCCGUCCCCGGCCGGGAGCGUGGGGUCCCAGAGCAGCGGCUACAGCAGCUGCGAGCUCGGGAACAACAACAACAACAACGGCGGCGGCGGGAGCGGCCGGAACCCGGCGGCCCACCACUCGUCGGCGGUGGCGUCGGUGGCGGUGCCCCAGGCGCAGUACACGCUGCUGCAGCGCCAGAGUGCCACCCUGGCCAACCUGCACCACUGCCAUGACAAGUGGGAGCAGGCAGACUACCUCACCAACUCCAGCCACUCUAAGGAGUUCUUUGCGGAGCUGGACAGGGACUGCGGCAAGUUGACCCUCCACAGCUCGUCGGCGGAGCUGGUGAGGUACGUGCGCGAGGGCGUCUUCCGGCUGAGGCAUCGACUCGCCGUGGCCACCGGCGCGGCCUCUUCGGCCGCCUCUUCAGCCAUCAAGACAGAGGGCGCCACGUGAUUCACCCGCUCCCCCUUCACCCUUCGCCACGUUUCUUAGAUUGUUGUUUUUUUUUUUUUGUUUUUUUUUUUUUUCGUGUUGUUUGCGGAACAUUCUGGUCCUAUCCGAGACUCGUCGUCGUCGGCAUCUUCCGUUUCUCAUCGGUGCAACAACAACAACGGACGACGGACUACCGAACCUGCGGGCAGUUAACUGCAAUAUAUCUAUAUUUAUGUAUACACAUAUACAUGUGUGUAUUUGGAACGUGUGUAUAUGUGUAUAUAUAUGUAUAUGCAUAUUUUUUAAGAAACAAAAUGAAGAAAACACGGACUCUCUCUCCUCUUCCUCCUACACACAUUCUUUGCCUUUUUCCCCACCCGAGUGUUUUUUUUGUUGUUUUUUUAUCCAUCGUUUAUUUGUUAAUUUUUCCUUUUUUCUUUGAAGGGAAGUGAGAUCCACAGGCAGUUUAUUGUUCCUGUUAAUGGCGUUGUGGCAGUUGGAUGGAUUUGAUGUACAUAUGCCGAGGAGAGAGGAGAGUGAGGAAGUGAAACGGUGGAAGAACAUUGUACAUACAAACUAAAGAGAAAAGGGCAAAAUGUGGAAGUUGCGUGUGCUCUUCUGAAUGUGUGAUCUUACUGCUGGCAAGGAGGGGCGGGGGCCUGUGCAACGAUUUCGGUCCCGUGGCCACGUCACGUGACCCACUGACCAGUUAUUGCAACGGUGUUACAGUAGCCAUUUUCUUGUCGCUGUGACGACGGUGUUUGACAGUCGGAUGUUGGUCGCUCGGACACUCUCGCAAUAAUCAAACUUUGGCUACCGUGACAGUGUCCCAAUAGCCAGUCAUUUGGUUAUUCUAAGCCAAGGUUGUUGCGACCGUGUCACGUGGUUUCGAGGUCUUGCAAAUUGAAUAUCAUCCGGUCAUGUGACUUGCGGUUACGUAUUCCCGGUUGAGAUAUCGGCCCAGGUCGCACAAACAUUGGUGCAGGCAGUUGAGAAGGGGUGACGUGACCGGAGGCAAGAUGGGGAAGCGUGGCUAAUCUCCCGUCUACUUUUUUUUUUAUAAAACAUGUACAGAAUCAUGCUCCCGUGAUUAAAGAAAGGACCACAACAGCCCGCCGCUGAACUUGAAACUCAAGAAAUUAGUUCUUUUUUUUUGUUACAAUCGUUGCGUGCCUGAUCUAAAAAACUGUGUUUUCUCCAUCGAGAUUAAUUGACUGGCCGCAGUGGCUAAUGCGACUUUGUUUCCCUCGUUUUAAAAUCUCCUCAUCUCGCGACUACCGUAAAAUACCGAGCAAGUGCCCCCUCCAAAUUUAGACAUUGUGGAAAUCAAAAUGGGGAGGGGGCCCUUACUCAGUUCGGGAAUAAAUAACAUUCAAGAUGGCGGCCACAAAAAAAAAUUUAAUUUUGAUAAAAUGGGAGGGGGCGCUUACACGAGGGGGGGGGGGGGGGGGGCGGGGGCGGCACAUGCUCGAUAAUUUACGGUACAGAAAUUCCCUUUUUGUUUUCUUUUACUUGCUGUUUUUUGUAGCAGGGUUAGGUUACAAGAGCAUGGUGUGUGCCUGAGCGACGUGCAUCUGAGAUCUGACAGCUUCUUAGAACAAGGAAGGUGGAGAGGAGGGGAGACUCCGAACUAACUUAUUCGUCUGUCAGCCAAUCGGGGAGAAAGGGGACGGGGACUCUGCCUCGGCCGCCGACCAAUCAACCAACCAAUCGCAGCAGAGACGCGUCGUCGCGUCGCCGAAGAUGCCGUUUGGGGAUGAGAGGGGGCGGGGAGGGGAGGGGGGUGGGGAGGGGUUCAGGCUGUACAUACACACGUUUGGGGCAAGAAUCGUGUCUAGUUUGAAAGUGCCAGUCUUCGAUGUAUUUUUUUUCCCUCCCCUUUGAUCGUGGAGCUUGCACCUGUUGCUAUUUUUUCACACAGUGUUAUUGGGGGAAAGGGUGUCGAAAUGGGGGAGAAGGGCGGUGAGGCAAGCAUGACAUUGCCUCAGGUUUACCAGCGUUGCCUGACGUUUUUUUGUUUUUUUUCCGACGUCUGCACGGCGGCAUUCUAUAUUUAUACAGAUAGAUAGUAGAGAGACUCCGAUUUUUUUAAACGGUGCAACGACGGAUGCGCGGCAGCUUGCUGGCGACCGUUUCUCCUUUGUCGACCUCUGACUGUGGCACAAGUGUAGUUUCGUUUCCCUCGCUGUGGUAUACUAGCCUUCCGCUACCCCCGUCUGUUUUUUUUUUAAUUUAGUCAAAUAUUGCUAGCAAAGUCAACAUAUUAUUGAGGUACCGUCUCCCACGGGAUGAGGCAGGCGUGUUCGAGUUUUGCCUAUUUUUAUGUUGAUUUCUCCGGCGGCGCUGAGCAAGAAUAAAGCAAAGUUUUAUCGAACGAACAGGUUUUCUUUUUUUUUUUUAAGUCUGCUGUUUUUAGGGUGAGAGUUUUUACCGUCCCAGCACGGGAACGGCGAGUAAUUGCUGCCUAUGCAAACGAAAGUGUUGGAGUCGAAAACGACUUGCGUCUGGGACGUUCCGCAACAUUGGUAACUUUUUUCUUUAUGUUGGCGUCAUUCUGUGGGCAAUGUUGCGCGUCGCAGGUAACACCUCGGAUGAUGUGAUCUUUGUUCUGUGAAACUCGUCUGCUACUACCGAUGGUGGUACCCCUACUGCUACUACUAGCUACAAUGACAGCAGAAGUGCUUUACACGUGUCUCCUUUUUUUUGCUUCAUUCUCUCGCUGUGGAAGUGCCAUACCAUUCAAGGGGGAUACGACAGGGAGUGUAUUGUAUUGUCAUUUCCUUGCGCCUGCAACAAGGCCUUGGGAGCGAAAAACAAAAUAAUAAUAGUAAUUUUUUUCUCCGAAUAUUUUUCCAGCGUGCAUGUUUGCUGACUAUUUACCUCCUUCCCAUGACCCCCCUUCCACUGUUCUUCCCCCCCCCCCUUUAUUUUUGUACUUUAUUUAUGGAGAACAUUGACUCAGAGGCUUAAUAUAUAUAUUUAAAAACAAAAACACCCAAGGGCGUUAUUUAAGACGACUGCAAGCAGUUCCGGAUGCAACUGUUUUUGCUUUUUAGGGGUACAGAAAGAACUCAUAGAAAACAAAAAAAACAACCUUUUGCUUUAUGUACAAAGAGGAGGGUAGUGGUUUGUUCCAGUACUAUUAAAACGAGAUUUCAAUUGCUUGUACAUUCUCUCAUAAGCUGUGUUUUUUUUUUUUUUUUUUUUUUAAGAGGACGCAGAAUCUGUGAGCAUUUUCCUUGCGUGGGCUUGCAGUUGGGCUCUUUUGCUGCACGCAACAGUUGAGACUAAUCACCGACCGAACACAGCAGGAGGCGGGAUUUUCAGCGUCCGAUCCUUACCCAAUCGCACGUGGAAGGCCGAAAGCAUUUGUACAUGAAGUUGGAGAAAAGUCUUUUUUUUGUUGCCGUUUCCCUAUUUAGAUGCCUCCACGACUUCUGCACAUGUUUUAUGAUUGGUCCCCUCCCCCUGCCCCUCCUCUCCCAUUGCCCCACAUAUACAUAUAUAUAUAAAUAUAUCUAUAUAUCAGCAGCGGAUGUUUUUGUUACCUUUUCACGUUAUGAACGCUUGUACAUAGGUGUAAAUAUUUUUCCACGUUUAGAGGAGUGUGCAGAAAUGUCAUAUUGCCUCUGUAUGAGCCACGAGCCGUGGAGUCAUGGUUUUUUGGAGAGAGAGAGAAAAAUUGCAGAUGUAUUUGCUUUCUUACAAAAGCUAUAAAAUAUAUGCAUUUGAAAAGAAA